UUGAAAACACAGUAUCUCAUAAAUAACGAUCACCUCACUUAGUAUAACUUAACACUCAUAUGUGAGGUCCGGUAAGGGUUUUACGGGACUGUGGAUAUUUGCAGGAGUUGUCGGGGAGUAGGAAGGACGAACGAGCCUUCGGAUUCAGUCAUGAGUGGCACAGCGGAUGUGGAGUCUCUGUUUGACAGGUUCUGGCAGUGGAGGCAAGAAGACAGUCCUGAGUUUGCCUCCUACUGUGGGAACCAUGACUACGAUGACCGCUGGGAUGACAUCAGUGAAGAGGCAUAUCUGAAGAGAGAGACAAAGGUUCGAGAGUUCCUGUCGGAAGCAGAAGCGUUGGACGCCUCGUCUUGUUGCCAGGUAACCAAGGACAGUUUUGCCCUGCUCACAGAAGACCUGACGACCUACUUGAAUGGGGCAAAGUUUAAAUGCUACCUGCUCCCUGUAAAUUUCAUGGAGGGAAUACACAAUGACCUGGUCCACCUGAUUGAAUACCAUGGCUUCGACUCCCAGGAAGGCUUCACGAAGUAUCUGGCCCGACUCAAGGCAUUGCCUCACAGGAUUCUCCAAAUGAUCCCAGUCUUGAAACAAGGAAUAAAGGAAGGACUUACUAUGCACAAGCAUGCCUUGGCUGUGGUGCCAGGCCAGAUGGAGAUGAUGCUCACAGAGCCUGUUGAAGACUCCUUACUGAUGGCGCCGUUACUCAAGUCAGGAGGGCCACUUUCUACAGACGAGUUAGACACUAUGAAGAAGCAGGUGGAGAUGGAACUCACUACAAACAUCAGGCCAAGUCUGGAGAAGCUGAAAGACUUCAUAGUAAAUGAGUACAUGCAUCACCUGCGGCCAGCGGAGGGGGUGUGUACACUGAAGAAUGGUGCAUCCUACUACCAGAUGUGCCUCAACUUCCACCUGUCUUGUGACAUGUCACCACAGGAAGUGCAUGAUCUUGGUCUCAAGGAGGUUGCUAGAAUACGCAAACAAAUGCUGGAAAUAUCAGCAAAAGAAGGUUUUGGACAAGAUCUGAAAGCAUUCCAGAAGAAAUUACAUACAAGCAAGGAAUUCAGCUUUGAUUCAAAGGAUGAAGUGAUGGACUAUGUCAAGGACAUCUGCUUCAACCAGAUCCGACCAAAACUCCAUUCAGUGUUUCACACCCUCCCUGACAUACCUCUCGUGUUGAAGCACACCCCAGCUUCCCAGGCCAACGCCCCAGCGGGGUUCUACAGUGCAGGGACAGCGGACAAGACGAGGCCCGGCAUCUACUCCAUCAAUGCCAAUAACCUGGACUCUUGUAAAAAGUACGAGUUCAUGGCGCUGAGUCUUCAUGAGGGGGAACCAGGGCAUCACCUGCAGCAUAGCCUUUCUGUGGCCACAGCUGUCCCCCUAUUCCGACAGUAUAUAGAGGACAGCAAGUACUACCUAGCACCAGGGAGGUUCCCUAUGCACACAGCGUACAUUGAGGGUUGGGGCCUGUACUCAGAGGCAUUGGGCCUGGAACUAGGAAUGUACACAGACAACUACUCCAUGUUUGGACGCUACAGCUUUGAGAUGUUGCGAGCAGCUAGACUUGUUGUAGACACAGGACUGCACUCCAUGGGGUGGACCCAGGCUAAGGCCGUGGAGUACCUCGUGGACAGUACGCUGACCGAUGAGUGGUCAAUGAGGAAUGAGGUCAACAGGUACAUCACCAUGCCUGGUCAGGCUUGUGCCUACAAGAUUGGGGAACUGAAAUUGUGGGAACUUCGUCACAAGGCAGAAAAGGAGCUUGGUGACCUGUUUGAUGUGCGAGACUACCAUGCAGCAGUUCUUCAGUGUGGGCCUGUCCCGCUCACAUUCCUUGAAGGAGCAAUAGACGAGUACAUCAGCACCACAAAGGAAAACCAGGGCUCACCUUCCAAGAAAGCCAAGGCGAAGUAGGAACUUGAUUGGAGCAGAACUAUAGGACUAUCCAGAAAUAAUUUCCUGGCAAAAUGUAAUUAUAGAUUGACAUUCAGUUCAAGCUAUAAAUUGAAAAAAACAAGGUGCUCACUAUAACUCCACAGAUUCUGUUCCAUGGAUUAUUUGCAUGAUUACAUUUGUAAGAGAAAUACUUGAGAUAGUACCUGACUUAAAUACAUGUAGUUAGAUUGUUUCAUUUCUGGAUGAGACGUCUCCAGUCUCCUGAAAUCUUUUCUGAAUGAGAUGUCUCCAGACACCUGAAAUCAUUUCUGGAUAUGACGUCUCCAGACUCCAGAAAUCAUUUCUGGAUAUGAUGUCUCCAGACUCCUGAAAUCAUUUCUGGAUAUGAUGUCUCCAGACUCCUGAAAUCAUUUCUGGAUAUGAUGUCUCCAGACUCCUGAAAUCAUUUCUGGAUAUGAUGUCUCCAGACUCCUGAAAUCAUUUCUGGAUAUGAUGUCUCCAGACUCCUGAAAUCAUUUCUGGAUAUGACGUCUCCAGACUCCUGAAAUCACUUCUGGAUAUGGCGUCUUCAGACUCCUGGAAUCACUUCAGGUUGAGACAUCUCCAGACUCCUGGAAUGAUUUCUAAAUGAGUCGUCCACUGUCUGCUGGAAUCAUUUCUUAAUGGACGUCUCAAGAUCCAUAUUGUCUGAAUGAGUCAUAGAUAUAUCCCUUAUAUCAUUUCAGUGAAAGACGUCCCAGAUAGAUAUCUUGUCAUAGGGAGCAAAUAUGGCCUAUUGAUGUAAAUCCCAUAUCACAAAAAUUUGCUGUCUGUAACCCAGAUAUGUUUGUAUGGUGAUGCUGGAUUAGGAUAUAUCUUCAUUCAAGACAUCACUUUUAGUCUGCCUAAUAUAAUUCUAUUUUACCAAAAUUAUCAGCUGCAAUUCUACACCAUGAUAUCUGUAUCUUUAAGAUGUGUUAUAUUUACUGACUUGUUUUACUUGAAUAAAGUAUUUCUAUGA